AUGGCUUCGCUUUCACUUCCUCCGCAGUCCCAGGGCUUCCCGCCACAUUUCGAUACCUCGAACCUCUCCGCCAGCCCUCGUCGCCAACACAUGCAUGCACCAUUGCCUAAUCCACCAUUUGUCUUUCCAGCACGGGACCCCGAUGCCCCCAACACCCAAUCGGAGACCCCUGAGCACCGGGAACGGGUCGCAUUGCCCGCCUUCUCUUUUAAUCCCGGAUCAGAACAGCAGUCACCACACCUCUCAGCACCGUCCUUGUCAGCUCCUCGCGCGGGCGGACACCGUCGGCGACCAAGCGAGUUUCUUGGAACUGACCACUUGGUAGCACCGGAUAUGUUGGGAACCGGUCACAGACGGGCGGCUUCGAUGGCAGAUCAACCUCUUCCGCCUCCGGGGCCUGGUGUUGGGAGAGUUCCUGGACGACGGAAUCAUGCCCAUCGACGUUCGGCUGCGAUCUCUGGUGUCGACUUGAAUGUUAUCACCAAGGCACUCGGUCCUAAUUCUGGAGUGGGAAGUGCGCCUACUACACCCGCCGACCCUUACCACAAAUCUACAUCUGAUGUCUCUUCGCGGCCGCUCUCCCAAUCGGCUGUUAGUCUCGGACGCCCCACGCCACCUGCGUCUCCUCAGUUCCCUCCCGUCCCUCCUGUGCCUCCCAUUCCGGCUGCCAUCCAAGCGGAAAUGGCCUUAAACAACCAACCCCCAAAUCCCGAACGACCUAUCUCCGCUGUCUCGCAUGGUACUUCGGACAGUGCAACCACAAUCAAGGCCCAGCAGCAGGUGGAAAAGCCGACUUUCUCAGAUCGGGUCACGCCAAGGCCUCAUUACAACCCAAAACCUCGACCGAAAACUGCCGACGCCUCUUUGGUGAUGGAUUUCAUGCAGAUGGAUGACGAUUCAGCAUCCUCUAUCAAGCGUUCGCACUCAGCCGCUGGGCACUCACGCUCUCGAAAGAGCAAAUCAACACCACAUCUCGAUUCUACUCUCUUGCCCGAUGAUGUUCACUCGACGGACGACUACCGACCUUCAUUUUCGGACGAUGGUUCAGAUACAUCUGGCGAUGAAGCGACGGAGAACUCGCCUGACAACAAAUCGUCUAUCAAGUCUAAAAAGAAGAAGCAGAAGCGGGUUCGCUCUUGGGCCGGUCACAUUCUAACUCGAACGAAGAGCAAAGGUAAGGGAAAGCGCCAUGCGAAGUCUGACACACAGGAGGAGCCGCCUGUACCUCGCACUCCUGCGCCUCGUCCCCCUGCUCUUACUCGGACCAACUCGGGGACCGGAUCGGUUUUGGAUGUUGAUUUUGAUAAUGACGAUGUCGUUGUCAUCCGAACCCCGACCAAUCCGACAAUGCCUCCUUCUGCCCUCGAGCCCAUUCAAAACAAUCGUCAAACCGAGGGUGCUUGUCUGUUGUCUGCACAAACUCUAGAGACCUCGUGGAAACCGAGGAGUUUCUACGAACAGGGUGUUGGCCCACACGACAAUGUACUAAGUAGCCCUAUCAUUGACCUCGAUGCUGCGCUUGGUCCUUUCAACACUCCCGACAUGCGACCGGUGACGCAGGGUGCGCCCAACAACAACUUUUCGGUUGCAACUCAGCGGAUGUACAGCGGCGGAAGACGGGGUGAAUUUGUCGGCCCAGAGAUGCGGUAUCAUCGGCGCACGGAAAGCGCUCCGGCGAUGCAACCAUUCGACCGCUCUGCUCUCGGCGCAUUCCGUUUGGGUCCGACCUCGGCAGUGGAAACCCCCGAUGUGUUUGAUGAAGAGGAAGAGGAUGCUUUCCUGGCUGCUUCCCAGUCACCCAAGGGCGAGCGCCUUCCGGUGAACGCGCCAGCGAUCGACAACGCAGUUUUCUCGUCAUCGGAAGAUGAUGCGAAAUCUAUUCACAGCAACAAUACCGCUGGCAGUAGUGAUACUCUGACUCGUCCCCCGACGGGUAGUAUCUCCUCGCAGAAUGCUGGCCUGGGUAUUCGACAAGGCGAUAAACAGCUGAACCAGCAACAGCCAGAGGAAAAGAGUGCCCGUGAGCAGGUCCAUACUGCCAGCAAUCCUUUCAAUGGCAAGCCUCGAACACCCGUGGAAAUUUUGAAGACGGAAGACCCUGGGCAUAAAGCGAUUGGGCCUCCCAGUCCCGACGUUUCUCCUCGAUUCCUAGCUAUCGACAAGCGACCGGCGACCUCGCCCAUCGAACUGCUGCCUAAUAUUCCUCCAUUCACGUUACAGCCAGGGGUUUCGCCGUCUGACUCGUCGUUCCCGUCUCCGGAUGCUCCGCGGUCAAUUGCGGAGUCCUCGAUGACGGACCGAAACUUUUCCAGUCACUCGUAUCAUCAUCUUCCUUCGGCAGACUAUCCUUAUGCAUCAGUUGAAGAUGUUCCAUCUUUGACCAGCAGUGCAUCGACCAUGACCAACACUCUGAAUCGUUUCUCGGCAGCUUCUUUCUUUCCCCGUGGACGUCUUUCUGCUGACCGCGCAGCGUCCUUCUCGGCUGCUGGUACCAGACGCACCAGCCAGGCUAACGCCUCCAAACGCUCUAGUCUAGCCAGCCUUUCCAAGUUAGUCGGUGGUCCUCAUUCUGAGCGGAGCAAGCUCAACCAGGAGGAGAAACCCCCUAGCACCGCCUCCGACAAAACGAAGAAGAAGGGCCGCCGUCUCAGCCGAAUGAUGCACUUCUGGAAACCCAAGGACAAAGAAAAGUCAUCCAAUCAGACGGCACCAGCAAAUGACCGGCCGCAGUCGUAA